GUGCGGGCAGAUGUCGGCGGGACUUGGCGCGGUGCAUGUCGGGGCGGCUUCUGCUUGACGAGUGAAAACGAACGAACAAAAAACAAAAAAAAAAAUAGAUCUUAUUGUGAUUUAAGAGUGGUAGACGAUUUUUUGCAAAGUGCAUUUUCUCCGACUGAUAUAAAAAAAAAAACCGCCAUUUACUUUAAAAACAGGUAGAUCUUUGCUGACGUGCCUAAAACUAUUUUUUUUCCACGAAAGACAAAAAGUUAUCGAUUCCCCCGAAGCGUAUUGAUUCCGAGAAGAGGAAAGUUGGAAGAAAUCUGUAUUUUCCUCGACCUUUCGCAAUAAUAGUUGUCAGAGAAAGGUCAAAGGUCAUACAGCAACCAUGAGCGAGAAGAACCCCGCAAGUGACACGAAGGAAACCGUGGACGAAAAACCUGCGCUCGGAACCCCCGGGACAGAAGGAGCAACUGCAGCGCCGCCUUCAGGAGCACUCAAAGUCUACCCGAUCCGAUGGUUCAUCCUCGCCCUCUUCGUCUUGUACUCGAUGUCCAACGCCUUCCAGUGGAUCCAGUACUCCAUCAUUAACAACAUCAUCGUGGAUUACUAUGGCGUGAAGUCAACCAUGGUGGACUGGACUUCGAUGCUGUACAUGGUCACUUAUAUUCCUUUGAUCUUCCCCGCCUCUUGGUACCUGGAGAAGAAGGUAGGGAGAGCUGGCUUUGGUUUGGGGUUCUGGGGUCCGUAG